AUCACUUUGUCCACUUUCGAGAUGAUCGCAAUCAGCUAAUAAUUUGGACACAGCAAGAAAGAUCAAGAGAGCAGACGAGAAGAGAAUAAUCAUGUCGACGGUGGUUGUUGCAGCUGGGUGGACUUUCACCCAAGGUCUCCUGGUCGGUCAAGCUUCAUUCCUCUUCCUCUGCGUAUUGUUCAUACGCUAUGUUGUGUUCUCACCUUCGGAGGAGGAUGAAGAAGGAUGGAAAGCCAAAAGGGCGGCUCAGAUCAAGAAAAAGUUACUUUCGACUACUGCGGUACCCUCUCCUUCUGCUUCUCAACUCUUGCAGAAGACAACAUACGAUAUGGCUACUCAUCCAGCCGAGUCUACCGGCUGGCUCAAUGUCUUACUUUCUCAGAUCCUACAAGGGUACAGAAACGACCUACUUUCUGAAGGUGGAGAAGAAGGAGCUAGGCAAAGAGUAGAACGAUGGAUGAAUCCUGAAGGCGCAGCGAUGAGCUGGCUAGAUCCGAUUCAAGUCACAGCUCUUUCUCUGGGUUCGAGCUUUCCCUUGUUGUCGAAUGCUAGGAUACGUCCUGCGGAUGGUCAAGGACAUAUACGAGCUGAAAUCGAUGUCGAUUACUCCGACUCACUAUCCCUUUCUCUGUCGACUAGCGUACUUAUCAACUUCCCUCGUCCAAGAUUUGCCGUCUUGCCUGUUUCUUUAGGCGUCGAACUCGCUUCGAUUGGAGGUACCCUGAGUUUACAGAUUCAUGAUCCAGGGAAAGAUCUGGCUCAGCAUAUACACGCUUGUCUACUUCCAGACUUUCAUCUUCAUCUUAAAACAACCACUCUUCUUGGAUCACGAGCCAAGUUGCAAGAUAUCCCCAAACUGGAACAACUCGUCUUAUCCCGACUCCGGGCUGUUAUUCAAGAUCGUUUCGUUUAUCCAAAUCAUCUCACUCUGACCCUUCCUCGAUUACUUCGAUCAUCAACCACAACGACACCUACUGACAUCGUAUCCGACAUUGGGCAUUCAGCUCUUCAAGCGAUGAGCGGUUCAUUAAGUCAAGCUAUCAAUACUUUAGUAUCUGAUUCCCCUCCUUCCACUUCGUUUCCAACACCAUUACCAACUCCUUCUCAUCCUUCAAACCCAAUUACACCCGUGGAUCCUACCGGUCCCAUCAGCCCUGUCAGAGGCCAAAAAAGUAUCCCCAUGCCACUAAAUUUUCCUCGACCUCCGUCAUCGUACCAAAACUCCCCCAUUUCGACACCUCGUCCACUUACGUCCGUGAAACCUUCGAAUCCUCUCGGUAUAACAGGUUUACCAGGUAGACAGGAUUCUUAUGUUCAUUCACAGACUACACCAUCAGUUGCCUACACUUCGGCGUCGAAAGUUUCGAUGACCGCACAAGAAAAGGAAGCCUUCAGAUUCAGAGGACAUUUCGCUAGUCAGCCUCUUACACCUGGACAGGUCGGAGUAGAACAUGAAAAUGUCAGACAUGGGGUUUUGAAUGCUAGAAUGAAUUGA